AAGAAUUCCAAACUUGCAUCCAACAUCCCAGCAAAAAAGAGAGAGAAGCAACUCCGCCUAAGAAGGGAGGAGAAAAGGAGAGACAGGGAGGGGAGAGAAAAUAGGCUUUCCUGGACCAUUUGACAAGUUUGCAAAGUCUCAGCAGAGCUGGAUGGGAACCUCUUGAGCUGGUGGCUAUCCCAUCAUCCUGAGAGAGCCUCCCAGGGAAGGUGGAUCCAAGGCAUCUCUUCUAUCCUCUCCACAACUUUGGCCCGAUGGAGAAGUGUGGUCCCUGACAUCCCUGGAGCUCCUUUCCCAGCAUCAGGAGAAGCAGCUGCUUCAAAAGAAGAAGGAGUGGGCUGCCAAAGGGACAGCCAACUUUUCUUUUUGUUAAAAUAUUCCUUUGGCAAAUUAUUCUCUCUCCUUUUUUCUCUUGCAUAUCCUUGCCCUUGGCUUGGAUCUGCUUCCCCAAACGUUCCCCUGCCAGAGAGAAGAUUUUAUAGGACUCCCAAAGAGGACAACAUUUGCAUCAAACAAGGAAACCAGAGCAAGGGAAAAAAAGGUUCUUUUGCAACCUCAGAAGAAGAAGAAGAAGAAGAAGGGAGGGAGGGAAAGGAGAAGGGUGGAAAAAACUUUGGACUUCUUCUCUCUUUCUUUCUGUCUCUCCACCAGCCUGGCCAGUUGCCAAGGGGCAAGCCAGGGCAUCCUUUGGGAGGACUUUUCUUCUUCCUCCUUCUCCUCCUUUUCCUUGGAAGGCUGCUCUGGGAUCUACCUGGGCUGCAGGUGAACAUGAUCCCCAAACUCAGGACACCUCUGGCUGGGUUCCUCCUGUUGCAAGGAUUGCUGGGGUUGCAAGGACUUGCCAAGGAAGAUGGGCCAAUGAAACCAGAUCUGGGCUUUGACGGAGACACGAUGGUAGUCAAUGCCGGGGAUACCUUCACCAUCACUUGCAGGGGGGCGCAGGGUUUGACAUGGUUCUGGAGAAAUGACCACUUCACUGACGGCAAGCGGUGGCACAUGAACAUCCACAAGUGUCCAAACAGACCAUCACAGACCUGCAGCAGGCUUGUGGUCAACCGAGCCGUUGCCAACGACACCGGCUACUUCACCUGCUUUUACAGCCACCUCCCUUCCAACGAAGAACUCAAGACCAAGUUAUAUGUCUUCGUCAAAGAUCCCACAAGGCUGUUUGUGGAGCCGCACUUAUAUUACCCUGAUGUGAUCUAUAUAACUAACCCGACGGAUGUGAUCAUUGUGCCUUGCCGCGUCACCUCACCAGACAUCAAGCCGACUUUGCGGCUGCACUCUUUCCCGAAGACAUUCACCUAUGAGAAGAUGGAGUGGGAUCCCAAGAGAGGAUUCCUCGUCACUUCGCCUUCCUUCGAGUUCUUCAGCACCAUGCUCCAGUGUGUGGCAACGCUCAAUGGCAACACGCACAUCUCCUACUACAUCCCCCAGAAAGUGGAGAAAAACGUCUGGAACCUGACUCUAACCGCAGCUCCUGAAAAGCUAAUGGUAGGAGAGACCCUCCACUUGGAAUGCAAAGGGAAGACGACAUUCAACGGCCGGGUUCCCGUUGUGUGGAAAGGCCCUGGAAGGACUAACUACAGUGCUUCCAAAUAUCUGGACCAGAGUCAGAGCGUGUACAUCGGCUCAAGCAACAUAACCAUCAGGAACGUAACCAUGGAGAACAAGGGGCUGUACAUCUGCAAAGUGUUCAACACAACCCAAGGGGAACUGAAGGCCAGCGUCACCGUGACUGUCUACAAGAAAGCUUUCCUCCGGGUUUCGUAUAAGAAGAAGCAGUAUUACGAGGUUGUGGAAGGGCAUAAGAUGCUGAAACUGGCUUGGAAGGUGGAUGCCUUUCCUUACCCCAAUGUGACCUGGUACAAGGAUGGCAAGCCACUUCCCGUAAACACCUGCUAUGAACCCGAUUCAGUGAAGUACAAGCUGGUCAUCAGGGAUGUGAGAGCAAAGCACACUGGGAACUAUACCUUAAUUCUGAACAACAUGAAGUACGGCCUCGCUAAAAACCUCACCAUCGAGCUGUUUGUGUUAGAGAGACCCAAAAUUUAUGAAAAGGAGACGGAUUUUUACAAGACGGACUUGGUCACCAAAGGAGGAGAGCAUAGCCUCCAGUGCACCGCGAGUGGGACACCGCUUCCCAGCAUCCACUGGGAAUGGGAACCCUGCAGCCAUGCGGACAACCAAUGCAAGCAGCGCGGAAAGAAAAUCAAGGUGGAAGAAACCAUUGGCUGCGAAGCCACAUACCCGGCCAACAAAAUCAAGAGCAUUGAGACGCGGACCAUAACUCACGACAAUAAGUUAAAGAUUGUAAGCAUCCUGACAACCACGUCUAGCAACGUCUCGGGGAUCUAUUUCUGUGUGGCUUCCAACAAGGUUGGCACAGAAGAAAGAAGCACUGAAUUUUACGUCUCAGAUGUACCAUCAACCCUACAGACCGACCCCCAAAUCACGGCCAUAGUGGCCAGCAACGUCCAGCUGACCUGCAAGUCCUCCAAAUACAUCUACAGCCAUCUCUCGUGGUAUGACCCCACCUUGCAGAAAAUCCCCGACGACUUGACCCAGAAGAAGGUAGACAACUAUUCCAUCUCCUUGACGCUGGGCAUCCAGAACGUCUCACAGGACCAGGCUGGGCUGUACAUGUGCCGGGCUCGGUCUCACGCCAACAGCACCGAGGGGUUGGAGAAGAGUACCAUGCUCAACAUUAAAGUUAAGACGGUGCCGCACAUCAUGGAGAACUUCACAGACCUGGAGGUGAACGUCAGCGGGAAGAUUGUCCUGGAGUGCAAAGCCAAUGGGACGCCCCGACCUGUGAUCGCCUGGCUGAAAAACGGCUACCCAAUUGCCCCGGCUUCAGGAAUCUCCAUGGAAAACAACACGCUGGUGAUCGAGCGAGUGAAAAAGGAUGACGAGGGUCACUACGAGUGCAAAGCGGUCAACGAAAUGGGCCAAGACAGCACCCAGGCCUUUAUUAAAAUAGAAGGCUCGGAUGAAAAGUCCAACAUUGAAGUUAUCAUUUUGGUUUGCACAGGCUUGGCAGCGACACUUUUCUGGCUUCUGCUGACUCUCUUCAUACGGAAACUCAGAAAACCGGAUGCCACAGACAUUAAAACAGGGUACUUGUCCAUCAUAAUGGAUCCCGAAGAGAUGCCGCUCGACGAACAAUGCGAACGUCUCCCAUAUGACAGCAGCAAAUGGGAAUUCCCAAGAGACAGGCUGAGGCUGGGUAAAACUCUGGGUCAUGGUGCUUUUGGGAAAGUGGUGGAGGCGUCUGCUUUUGGCAUAGAUAAAUCUUCAACCUGCAAAACAGUGGCAGUUAAAAUGCUUAAAGAGUGUGCAACCACCAACGAGUGCAAGGCUCUGAUGUCUGAACUGAAGAUCCUCAUCCAUAUCGGCCAUCACUUGAACGUCGUCAACCUGUUGGGAGCUUGCACCAAACCAGGAGGCCCUUUGAUGGUCAUAGUAGAAUACUGCAAAUAUGGAAAUCUGUCUAAUUACCUGCGAGGGAAACGCGGAGACUUCAUUGCAAGCAAGCCACAGGAAAACUUGGACCCGGCUGAGAAAGGGCUGGAGGAGUCCAUCAGUGAUUUAACCGAACUGAUCAAGAGGCGCCUUGAAAGUGUGGCCAGCACCGGAAGCUCCGCUAGCUCAGGAUUCAUUGAAGACAAGAGUUACACAGACUCCGAAGAGGAAGAGGAAGAUGCUGAAGACCUCUAUAAGCGUCCCUUAACCCUGGAGGACCUGAUCUGCUACAGCUUCCAGGUGGCCAAAGGCAUGGAGUUCUUGGCCUCAAGAAAAUGCAUCCACAGAGAUCUGGCAGCCAGGAACAUCCUUCUCUCCGAAAACAAUGUGGUGAAGAUCUGUGACUUUGGGUUGGCCAGGGAUAUCUACAAAGACCCCGACUAUGUGCGGAAAGGCGAUGCAAGGCUUCCACUGAAAUGGAUGGCUCCAGAAGCUAUCUUUGACAAAAUCUACACGACCCAAAGUGACGUCUGGUCUUUUGGCGUGUUGCUGUGGGAGAUAUUUUCUUUAGGAGCCUCUCCAUACCCAGGGGUCCAGAUUGAUGAGGACUUCUGCCGACGUCUCAAAGAAGGAACCCGGAUGAGAUCCCCAGAAUAUUCAACUCCAGAAAUCUACCAGACCAUGUUGGAUUGCUGGCACAGCGUACCGACAGAGAGACCCAACUUCACGGAGCUUGUGGAGCGUUUAGGAGACCUGCUGCAGGCCAAUGUCCAACAGGAUGGGAAAGACUAUAUCCCCCUGAACAUCACAUUGUGCCCAGAUGGAGAGUCCAACCCCAAGAUCUGCAUCUCCGAAGAGAACGUGAGCGACUGCAUCCAGCGCUGGAGCACCGUGGAAGCCAACAUUAACACCAAGAAUCGGCCGCUCAGUGUGAAGACCUUUGACGAAGUGCCAGUGGAGAAGGAGAAAGUGAUGCAUGAGGAAUGUGAAUCAGACAGCGGGAUGGUGCUGGCUCUGGAUGAAAUCAAAAGCCGAAAGAGGCUGGAAAUCCGUUCCUGGCCUUAUGGGAUCAUGGCUCUGGCGAGGAAAGCCAUGGUCAACAAGAGCAAAGAGUCCGUGUUUUCCGAAGCCGGGCGUGAGCCAGUGAAAUACCGGUCGGCUGUUCAGAUGGAGGAGGACGCCCUGGAAGAGUCCGUUUUGCUUCCGAUGGAUCCCAACCUGGAAUGCCACAGCCCUCCUCCUGACUACAACUCCGUGAUCCAAUACUCUGCUCCUCCGGUGUAACUGGCCCUGGAGGGGGGGACCCCUUGCCUUCUUCAUCUGUGACCAGGCAGUAUUUGCAUCCACCUUCUCAUUCCUAAUGCCUGCUUCAAGGACUUAGUAGCGUUAAGAAGAGAAGGCCAACCGCCCAUGUGCCCUGAUUUGCCUAUUCUUGGCAUAUCCAAUCCUCAGUGCCAAUGGAAACCCUCUUAAGGAGAACUCUCUUAGGGUUAUAUUGCAGAUAGUCUGGCAUUGUUGUUGUUUUUCCCUUUAACUUUCUUCUACUAUGUUUGCUACAAUUGCAAAACAGUGGCGGCAUUUUCCAUCUCUCGU